AUGCAAGUGGCACGACGAGGAGAGAAGACGCGGACUGCCGCGAGAAGGAAUUUCAUUUCGAGCUUUUUUUUCGGAGUGUCUACUAACACUUCGGCUCCCCACAAGCUUACGCAGUUUCUGACGACGUGGUGCCCUUCCUCGAGUGGGCAAAUACAGCGAGUUUCGUCGUGGGCGUUACGACUAACAUACCCGCGCGCACGGUCGAUACUGUUCUGCCACUACUUGCACUUGGGCUCCAUCGUUUUCUGUCCUUCUUCGUGUGCAGCCAGGAGUCAGUAUCUGAAAAGCCUGAACGACGAAUUUUUUAUAUAGCAGAGGACCAAGAAAUGCGCCUUCUCUUGUGGAGUACUAGCAGCUCUUGGCCAUGUGGUGUAGCGUUGGCCAUGAUAAUGAUAUGGAUCUACUUCAGGAGAAGCAUGACCAUCUUGAACCAGACGAAAUCCUGCCUGUGGGCGAUAGUUUAGAAGUGGCUGAUGUAUUGGCUCCGAAUCGAAAUCAUGGAUGGCAAGCACUCGUCUUGAAUCGUGCAGGAGAACAAGCGGUAUGUCAGGAUUGGCUUGAAAUGCCCAGCGGUGAUACUCGUACACAAACGCUGUCCGAAAAAGAGGUGCGCGAGCGCACUAUUUCCAGUUUUGAUGAGGUGCGUAAUUGACUUGUUGAGGACGGAGCCUCCACAGCAAAUUGAAUAAUGAAGGAAAAGUCCACCCUUCUUCUAAUAAAUAAAUAUACUUUAUUUACUUACAACUGCAGUAAUGUUCUUUGUUGCCUAGUGAAAGUAGAACAUAGAAGAAAUGUACUAGAAGAUGACCGGUUGGAGAAGAUGCUUCCAAAAAGAAGAAGAUAUUGAAAAACUACUGUUCUUGAUCAUGCGC